GCCAGGAAGGCUCUCCUCAAGCACCACUGUGUGAAACUGGCCGGCAGAAGGUUCAGGAGCAAAAGAGCGAGCCGCUUUUCACACAACGGAUACUUAAGACCAGAGGAUGCUGAGGUGGCCCAUCAGGCAGCCGUAAGAAGCAGGAAGUUGAAUUUGCUGAAGCCCCGAUCCACCGCAGCGUCCCCUACUCCAAAAAUGGGGGGACACGCCUCUCCAUUUGGACUUCUUGACCCAGGCUCCACAUGCUGAUGAGCGGGGAUCCCAUCCUCCGGCAUCCAAGCACACAACUUUCCAGCCUCGCACAGUUCAUAAUGAAAGUCACCCUCAAGAGACAAAUCAAGAUGAGCCUGCUGGAUAUAAGCAAGAUUUUCUCCAUGCUGCAGCCCAGUGAAGAUGAAGAAGGAGAUGGAGAAAGAGAGGAGCUGAAUCUCGCCGUGUCCCAGGACGACUACCAGCUGCUGGACGAAAUGCUGCGCCAAGAGCGGUACGCGCGGUUCAUCAACAGCAGGAGCGGCUGGGGCGUGCCAGGAACGCCACUCCGCCUGGCGGCUUCCAAGGGCCACGUGAGGUGUCUCAAAGUUCUCCUGGCCCACGGAGCCGAAGUGGACAGCCUGGACGUGAAGGCCCAGACGCCGCUCUUCAUCGCCGUCAACAACGGCCACCUGACCUGCGUGGAAGCCCUCUUGCAAGCUGGGGCGAAUCCCUCCGGAAGCGUGCACAACAAUGGGACUCCUCUGCUCACCGCGGCCAGGGAUGGGGACAUCGACAUUCUCCGGGUGCUCCUGGAGCACGGCGCCCAGGUCAACGUGAAGGCGAGACUCCCGGAGUGGGCAGCCAACUCGGUGGCCUGCUCCGGCCCGCUGUACCUCGCUGCGGUGUACGGCCACCUGGAGUGUUUCAAGACUCUCCUCCUGUACGGUGCUGAUCCCAACUACAACUGCACCGAAGAGAAAAUCGUGACCCGGAUCAAAUACCCCAAGACCCUCCUAGAAAUCUGUUUGCAACACGGCUGUGGAGUGGAAUUUGUCAAGCUUCUUAUUGAUUUUGGAGCCAACGUGUACUUACCGGGUAUUGUGUUAGAUAAGAUCUCAGCAAACUCUGAGGUGCUAGAACUGUUGGCCAGAGAAAGAGCUGUCCCCAAGACCUUGAUGUCUCAGUCCAGACUGGCAAUCCGGAAGAUCCUAAAACUGGCAAACCGGCCUUCCGCUGUGGAUCAGCUGGAGAUCCCGGCAGUGCUGCUCGGCUACCUCAAACACCAAUCCAAAGUGAAGAUCGAGGAGGAAACUCCACGGGGUUACCAAGUAUUGUAACUGUAUCAGAAAGUGGAAAAAACAUUCUAAGAAUUGACACAGGAGCUGUCUUGUUUGAUCCAGUUUUGCUGUGGCUGUGCGUGAUGUGGCUAAAAAUAUUGCAGUUUCUUUCUUUUUUAAGCUGAAGGGUGAACAUGCAAAAUGAAGACUGAAAACCUCAUAGAUGCUGGAAAGACCAGUCAGGUCAUUAUUUUUUGAUGAUGAUGAUGAUGAUGAUAAUGUGAGCCUUACAGCUCAAUCCAGUGCAUGUCUGCUCAAAAGUAAGUCCACCUGGGCUGAAUAAGGUGUAUUCUCAGGUAAGUCUAAUAUGAGAUGACUGUGUUAAAGGGUAUUUUUAAAAUGGAAUGGAUGCUCAAGAAAGCUCAGGCUGUUAAAUGGAAAAAUCUAAAAGAACCUUUUGAAAAUCAGCCCUAACUCUAACUUUUCUAAAAUCAAAUUCUAAUGAAUGUCACCUUUAUUUGAUUGAUAGGAUUAGGAAAUGCAAAUAAACAUUGUGUUUUUUAAAAAUAAAUAUUCUUAAUUCUAUCAAAAAUGAAAGACACACACUUUUAAAAGCCAAUUUCGAAGCAGCCACGCAGUAGUCAUGUUUCACUCCCCCACACUUUUGGAAUGAGUUUUGAAUUGUUUAUUUUCUUUUUUAGUAAAAUUAAGUUAGUACAAAACUUUGGUAUUUGAGCAUUCAUGAUACAUGAAUGCUGUGCUGUGUUGACUUACAACAAAACAAAAUUGACUGUAAGAGAUUAGUUUGCAUGUGUAUAAUUACACUGAUACCCUUCACAUACAGAUAUCCAAAUUCCUGGAGCAACUCCAGAACUGUUGGUGAACAGUUUGCAGGAUUACUUUUAAGAUGAUGGAGGAAUAAACUGGUGGUGAACUUGCUGGCA